GCGCGUUUGAGCGCGCGCGUGUCACGAGGCAGGGCAAGGCAGGCAUGUAUAUAUAUGUACAUGGGCAAUUGGUGAUUAUGGCAGAUACCUCGAGACGCACAUGAGAGGAGCUUGAAGAGGUAAUGGUGGACAAGUCUGUCGUGGUUGGGCUAUGCGGUUUGUCGCCGUACCCUUCGCGGCUGGGGGAGGUGGGUCGGAUUAGCGCUUGAAGCUGGGCCUGCCUGGCACUCAACUAGCACUCUACUAGCGUUGACUUGCGUUGACUGGCGUUACGCCACCGUCACUACCGUUGGCGCAGACGUCCUCCGCAGACGUCCUUCGGUUGUCAGACUGCGCCAUCCGUGGAGUGUUGACUUUGACUUCGUAACCCGUUGUUGAACACGUAGUCGAAGAUGGGUGGGCCGUUCAAGCUCCCGCCACUGCUGUACGAUAUGGGUGCGCUGGAGCCGUACAUCGAUGCCAUGACGAUGAAGGUACAUCAUGGUGGUCAUCACGCGACGUACGUCAGCAAGCUGAAUGAUGCCAUCAAGGGGAAAGGCGAACUGGAGAGCAUGAAACUUGUGGAUUUGAGCCAGACGGCAAUCAAGAUGGGACCUGCCGUUCGAAAUAACUGUGGAGGUCAUUACAACCACACACUGUUCUGGACGUACAUGGCCCCAAAGGGGUCAUCCAUCACCAAGCCGACGGGUAACCUUCAGGCAGCCAUCGACAAAAAUUUUGGGUCUUUCGAUCAAUUCCAGACGGCCUUCAACAACGCAUGUGCUGGAGUGUUUGGAUCUGGAUGGGUGUGGUUGGGUGUUGCCGAGGAUGGAAGAUUGUCAAUCGAGACAACGGCUAAUCAGGAUAAUCCAUUGAUGGACGGAGUUGUGCUGAGCCAAAAUACUGCCACUGGUGAUCGGGUGCCAGGCACGAACGGAAGAAAGAUUAUACCCUUCAUGGGACAGGACGUUUGGGAGCAUGCCUACUACCUCAAGUAUCAGAACCGAAAGACGGAGUACUUCGCAGCCUGGUGGAAUGUAGUCAACUGGAACAAGAUCUGCGAGUACUAUGACCAGUACGCUUCCAAGAAAUUGUACAUUCCUGUGGCUUGAUUGAAUGUGGGAUCCAGGUACAGAUAUGCUAGACCGAUAGGAUGGCUUUGGGAAAGCCAGCCUGGACAAUCUGACUGUCAUCUGAACGUCAUGUAAGUGUAGGAGGAGGGCGAGAAAAGUCUCGCCAAGACAGGAAAAAUGUAACCAGUACAUACGGAAGGGGAAGGUGUGUGAAAAAGGUGUAACGUGGGUGCACAUAGUUGUAAAAACGGGUUAGGUGCUGGUUUGACUGUAAUGCACAUAGCAGUGAGAAAUGGGUUAGGAGGUGUUUGACUGCAUAAUGCAUACGCAAGACCAUAGUAGCUCUGCGAGUGCAGUGAGCCACCCUACUUCACACUGGUUAGGAGGUGUUUGACUGUAUAAUGCAUAGUAUUGCAUACGCAAGACCAUAGUAGAAGUGCGAGUGCAGUGAGCCACCCUACUUCACACUGAAUUACCAUUUUACCCUCCUCUUGAAGGUUAAUGCAUAGUAUUGCAUACGCAAGACUAUAGUAGAAGUGCGAGUGCAGUGAGCCACCCUACUUCACACUGAAUUACCAUUUUACCCUCCUCUUGAAGGUUGUUCCCUACCUGGAAGUUGUCGGAGAUGUUGAAUUGGAGUGUCAGGAAGGAUUGUAUGGAGAGGCAAGCCUGGUCUCUGUCUGUGUGGGUGUGGGUGUCUGUGCGGCAAGACCUGAGUCUGUGGGUCAGAACGUUGUCCUUCUCGCGAAAUAGAAAAAUCGAAUGGGCAUUGGUUCACUCAACAGAGGCGAAAUGUAGAUUGCGUGGUGGUUACGAAUAGCCUGAAGUCACUGAACCGUAAAAAUCACCGGUGGGUAGUACUGCACUUGCUAGCCGGGUUACAUUUUGAGAUCAAAAAGAUGGGAAGGCUGUAUUUUUUUGUCAUCUCGAAGAGUCUGUUGCAGAUGAAACAGCCGCCUUGUCGAGAGCCUUUUGUCGAUGAAGCAGCGGCCUUAAUAACGAAGAGGAGGCUGUGUCUUGAUUGUGUCCUCUUCCGGGAGAGCCUUUUGGAGACGGAGCUGCCACCAUGGGGAGGGCCUUGCUAAUGUUGGAUGGUAGAAGCAUAACGGUAUAAUGUGAAAUCACCAGUGCUUGGCCCAUAUGUAGGCCGGGGGCUCCAUAUGUUGUAUGCUGGGACUCUCGGGGCUUGGUUGCACCGGUUACGGCAGGCGCAGGGUUUCCAGGGUUGGAGAAAAGCGUCUUGGAAGUACGGGUGGUGUAGUGUGGUUAGGGCACGAAGAAGAUUGGUGAACACACAGAACUGCCACGUGCGCAAUAGGAGGCCUAUGGUGUGCAAGCGGAGAGAGACUGGCGACCAGCGUUUGCAAAUGUUACACUAGACUGUGAUGCUGAUGUGCACAUAGACAGACAGAAAUGAUGAGAUGGGGUUAUAUGACUGUAGGACUCAAAAAAUUAGUCGAAAAAUUAGUCAGCGGAGACUGGUGCAGGUGUGUUUAGCAAAUGCUGAAUUUUUAAGUGUUGGAAGGAGGAUGGAGACAGGAAGUGGGAUGGAUUUCUGUCCGUGUAAAGAGAUGAAAUGAUCAUCAGGGUUGGGAUUGAUGUCGAUGAGUGGAGAGAGCUAUGUGUGGUGGGAAGAGAGAGACGGAGAAGUUGCUGCUGGGCUGUGGCUCAAAGCAGAAAGAGUCCAGUUGAUUGUUGACUAGGUAUUCGCAUCAAAACCUGUGCACAAUGAUGAUGUGUGUAUGGAUCAUUUGAAACGUUUUGUAAAUACAUGCAUUCUGUAGAAAAUAUCUGGUUGAAAUGCUUUUUAAAUACGUGCACUCUGUAGAAGAUAUUUGGAAGACGUUCCUCUGGUAUAACCUGCUUGCAGCCCUUCAAGUCUUAAACCACAAGUAUCUUCCAUGUAUCGUCUGCAGGCAGUUUCAGCGGCCCGAAAUGAAUAAUGGGCUGCUGAAUCAGUGCUGAUGAAACUCGUCGAUGCCGGCCCUCUCCUGCUUCGGUCGUGAAUAUAAUACUGGUGCAACGUUGAUGCCCGAG